AUGGGGGUUCCCUACUAUGUCAGGCGUCGUCGGCGAGAAUUGUGCACCACCCAAAUCGGUCUGAUUGACUUUGGUACGGCAAUAUUUGACGACGAAUACCAUCACCCAGAGGUUACCACCCCAGCAUUCGGCGCUCCCGAGGUGUCUUGCGUCUGGGAUGGAGCUUUCCCUGUGAUAUUUGGAGCAUUGGCUCACCUUGUGGUGAUGCAACAUGUGCUCGGCCGUCCCACUGAUCUCCAUAUUGUCGAAAAGGCAAAACAGUUACCAAAUUUGCCGGAGAAUCUCUCUCCGUGGGUGGGAGGCUACCAUGCCGCCAACGUGUUUCUGGGCUCUAACAAGCAUCUUCAGGUAUAUCCGGGGUUACAUGACUGUCCCGGCCUCAGUGAUUGA